UGUGAGACGUGUGCUUGGAUGAAUUCGCUCGACGAAGCCGGCUGGUCAGUGCUGACCAACAUAUCGCUGCAUAAGGCUCUUGUGAAUGUGCCCGAGGAGAAAGGUGAUUAUUGGAGAACAAUCACUAAUUCCGGUAACUUAACAUGAGAAGGUUGCGAGAGGUUGAUUGUUAUCUAUAUAUAUUUAUGCCGGGUCGUGCACAUUUGACCGUGGAGCCUUUUUAACUUCGUUAAGCAAGCUGCCGUGUAACUCUGACUGAGUCAGGGAAAAUCUAGCAUCAUGUUAUCGUCGCGAUCUGAAACAUUUAAGAAAACGCCUGGUCGCAAAUCGGGCCGAUCAACUAGUCCCAGAGCUGUUGAACGCCGAAGGUUACAAAACCGGCUCUCACAGAGAAAUAGACGUAAGUAGAUGGAUGUACAAAGAUAAGCAAUACUUGAAAUUAAAAACAACAACAACGGGAGUUACCGUGCCGAGUCUAAUCUGCGCAAUACAGGCCGAAAGAUUAAAGAGGCAGCCAUGGAAGGGGGAGCAGAAGAAGACGAAGAUGACGACGAUGAUAACGAAACCGAAGAUGCUGCCAAACAAAACAACGCUGAGGAUAUAGUCUCGCCGCUGAACUUUACCAUCGAACCCGAACUUCAAUGGCCUCCAUCCGGGAGCAUGGAGGAUUUCAGCCAGGUGGACUUUUCACACUUCACGUCUUCUCAGUCAAGUUCUCCUCCGGUAUUACCUACUUUUAUGCCAUACGAAGUAUCCCAGCAGGCGCCCUAUUGGCUUCCAGAUUCCAACUUUACUACACCAGCCACUGACAAUACCCGAACAAACAAUACACUUGCUCAUUCUGUCUUGUCAAUUCCCACCUGCACGUGUAGCAACGUUACCGGGCCGUGCUAUUCUCACUUGGAGCAGAUUCGGGCGCAAGUACUUGCAGAAACGCCUUCCCCUACAUCCAUGCAGCCUUUAAAGAAUCUAGAACGUGGCAUAUCAGAUAUAAACGUCGGAACGAGACCGUUUUCGUCUCUUGGAACGUCUCCGAUCCUCUUCACCCCCCCAAGAUCACGAUCAGACAGCAAGAGAAGCAGACUAGCGGACGAUGACGGCUCCGUGGGAACGGGAUCACGCUCUGGAGCAGAUUUGCCCGUCGAAACUAAAGCUGCAAAAUACGGCAGCAACAGUAGUAGCAGCCUUUUCGACUCACAGGACAUUACAUGCCGAAUCGAGAGCUUACUCAUGGCCGCUCGCAAAGCUGGCUUUCAGGAUUUUGAUCAAGCUGUAGUGUCCUAUUACACUGCGCAAUUCAAGAAUAACAGCUUGGCAGCCAUCUCGCAACGAGCCAGCAGAAGUCGCCGUCUUCGGACCGUUUUGCAGGAAUUGCAAGAAUGCAGCAGCCAAUGGCCUCGACGCGAAUCUCGGGGCUUGUACGAAGGGCUGGUAGAAAUGACGACAUCCUUGUGCAUUGAGGAAAUGAAUCAUGUGGACAGAAAUGAGAGCUUGGAUCUGGUGCACAUUGAGCCGGGAGACUUGCUGUCAACGCUGGGCUGGCUCUUUUUCCAGCACGACCACGACCAGAGCGCCAAGUGCGGCGCAGAUUGUCUUCAGGGGAGUGCGGUUCCCGCUCAGGUGAAGAAGCUCACGGAAACAAUGGAGGCUGCGCAAGAUUCGAUGUUGCACCUUUGGCCGCUUUUGACUGAAUUGGCCGGGCCUCAGGGUCUAUAUUGCGAUAAAAUUGCACAGGUUGCGUUGGCUAUUCUGUUGUAUGCUAGGCGCGUUUAG